CAGCUGCCUUGGACUCCCAUCAGCCCCAGCCUGACAGCAUGACUUCCUCCUGCAGCUGCUCAUCCUGCCCCCUGGUUUGCACCAUGGCUCCCGGAGCGAGAAACACUCCCGUGUGCUCCGUGGAGGUUGGGUGCCAUCCCGGCGCAGAGGCCUAUGCCGCCUCUCCAUGCCUCGUGGCCAAUGUGGCGCAGGCCAACCGGGUCCGCGUGGGCUCCACCCCUCUGGGCCGCCCCAGCCUCUGCCUGCCCUUCAGCUGCCGCACUGCUUGUCCCUUGCCAGGGACCUGCCACAUUCCCGCUAACAUCGGGAGCUGCGGGACCUACGGCGAAGGCACCCUGAACGGCCACGAGAAGGAGACCAUGCGGUUCCUGAAUGACCGCCUGGCCAACUACCUGGAGAAGGUGCGCCAGCUGGAGCGGGACAACGCGGAGCUGGAGACCAAACUCCGCGAGUGGAGCAAAUGCCACGAGUCCAGUGUGUGCCCGGACUAUCAAUCCUACUUCCGCACCAUCGAGGAGCUGCAGCAGAAGAUCCUGUGCAGCAAGGCUGAGAACGCAAGGCUGAUUGUGCAAAUGGACAAUGCCAAGCUGGCCGCUGAUGACUUCAGGAUCAAGCACGAAAGUGAGCGCGCACUACGCCAGCUGGUAGAGGCAGACAUGUGUGGGACGCAGAAGCUCCUGGACGACAUGAGCCUGGCCAAGGCCGACCUGGAGGCCCAGCAAGAGUCCCUGAAGGAGGAGCAGCUCUGCCUUAAGAGCAACCAUGAGCAGGAAGUGAAGAUUCUGAGGAGCCAGCUGGGGGACAAGCUGCGGAUCGAGCUGGACACGGAGCCCACCGUGGACCUGAGCCGCGUGCUGGGGGAGAUGCGGGCCCAGUACGAGGCCAUGGUGGAGACCAACCGCCAGGAUGUGGAACAAUGGUUCCAGGCCCAGUCUGAAGGCAUCAGCCUGCAGGCCAUGUCCUGCUCGGAGGAGCUGCAGUGCUGCCAGUCCGAGAUUCUGGAGCUGAAAUGCACGGUGAAUGCCCUAGAGGUGGAGCGCCAGGCCCAGCAUACCCUGAAGGACUGUCUGCAGAACUCCCUGUGCGAGGCCGAGGCCCGCUAUGGCAAAGAGCUGGCCCAGAUGCAGAGUCUUAUCAGCAACGUGGAGGAGCAGCUGGCUGAGAUCCGGGCUGACCUGGAGCGGCAGAACCAGGAAUAUCAGGUGCUGCUGGAUGUCAAGGCCCGGCUGGAGAAUGAGAUUGCCACGUACCGAAACCUUCUGGAGAGUGAGGACUGCAAACUCCCCUGCAAUCCGUGCUCCACCCCACCCUCCUGUGGGGCUCCCUCCUGUGUCCCCCGCACUACUUGUGGGCCUGGGUCAGCCUGUGGUGUCAGCACCGGGGUCCGAUUCUGA